UUUACGGCGUUGUUGACAACUGCGUGGUUGCUACGGCGGCGACUCUUCCAGCUGUUUUUCCUGCGUUUAAAGUUAUGCUUUAGUCGUUUACCUGUAAACUUCUGUUAGAUGAGUGUUUUCGACUUAUUUCGUGGGUUCUUCGGAGUCCCAGGAGGCCGGAGGGACCCUUUCUUUGAUGCAAUGACCCAUGACGAGGAUGAUGAUGAUGAGGAUGAGGAGGAUGGAGUCUACUAUGACGGGUUCAGGGGGGAGCAGGACCCUUUUGAUGGCGCCUGGAGGUUCGGCUUCAGUUUUGGUCCGGAUGGGAUGAGGUUCCAGGAGCCUCCAGUGUUUGGCCACAUCCUGAAGGAGAUGGAGGAGAUUUUCUCACAGCUGGGAACCUGGGAUGGACAGCCAGACUCUGGAAACUUUGGUAUUGGACCAGGUAUUCCCAGGAUAAUGCCUCCGCCACCGUCUCAUGAUGGAGAAGACAGAGGUGCAGGCGGUGGGAACCUACUGAGAGACUUCAUGCUCAGAUCUCCUGACAGAAACACACCAAGGCCGUACAAAGAGCUGCCAAGUGACACCCAACCUUCUUACGAGCGGCCAGAAGUCCCUCACACCCCUUUCCGUGGCUGGACUCCCUGUUUCAGAGGAGCACAGAAAACUCCAGAAGAGGGGGUCAAAGAAGAUAGAGAUCUGGACUCUGCAGUGUCGUCUGGUGGUCUUGAUCAAAUUUUAACACCACACACUGGUUCACCACCGAACCAGCCCAGGAUCCGCUCGUUCUUUCAGUCGGUCACCGUCACCAAGGUGGUGAAACCAGAUGGGACUGUAGAGGAGAGACGGACCGUCAGAGAUGGCCAAGGCAAUGAGGAAACCACGGUGACUCGCUCCGGAGGCCCCGGGGUCCUGGAGGGAACAGAACGGACGGAACCUGUGGUACCAGGCAGACCUCAUCACUUCUCAGACCUGCGGGACGCUGAUUCGUUGUUCUCUAAACUCUUUGGAGGCUUUAAAUAAAAUGCAACCCAAAGAUGAAUCUCUGGACAAGUUUAGUUCCCCGACUACACGUGUUUAACUCAAGCUGUGCGAUGACUUGUUCGUUGAAAGGUCACCUGCAUCCUUUUAAUUUGCCAAAAUAAAUAUUUUGGAUAAAAUAUUUCAAGCUUGGUAAAAAUAAAGUUGGAGUUAUAAACCAACCAUCUGGUCUGAAAGCUGCCAAUCCUGAGAGCCGGUGUUUUUCACAAAUUGAGACAGACAUGAAAAAGUUAAAAAUAUUUUUAUAUUGUUCAACAAUUGUACAACAAGCCAGUGUGGAUGUAUGUGAGCGAGUAAUCAAUAAAGAUUUAAUAUAUUUCAA